AACAAAGAAGAUUUUUUCAAAUCGUAAGCACUAAAAACCCUUGCUGGAGAUGCGAUAGUUUCUCAACCUCACUGCAUUUGAUGUCCUCCCUUUUGCUGACUACGUAGCAGAUUUGCGUUAUCUGAAAAAUAAUUCCUGUAUGUAAACGAGAGCAACGACCUCGACAGCCGGUACUACUAUGGUUGGCACAACUACAACAAUAUCCGCCCAGCCCGGCGACGGAAACAAGGAAAGUAUUGAAGUGAAAUCUGCAAACAAAAGAGCUCCUCCUUCUGUGUCGAAGAAAGUGAAGAACAAGAAGAAGAUCAAGUGGGAGCAGCACAACAUGAAGAUGAACAAGGAUAAUGAAGCCUCUGAAGCUAGCGCUGCUCCUGGUACAACUUCCAAUAGCGCGGGUCCUGCCGCACCGUCGUCCUCUGCCUCCUCUUCCGAGGAUGUUGUUUCCUCUUCCGAGGACUUCCACUUCGUCGGAGUGCAGCCAACAGCUACAACGAUAGCUGCAGCAGACCAGCAGCACCAGCACGAAGAAGUAAAAAACGACCAAACUAGUCGUGCUGACCACAACUCUUUCCGCCCGCCCAUGAGCAACCAGUUGCACCAAGACGUGGUCGACGAUGGUACCACGAAAAGCGGUAUUUAUUGGACCGUCAGCGUUGGGUUAAUUCUGCUCCUAUCAAAUGUAAAAGUGUCUGGGUCUGGAAAGUUGGAACUUGUGAUGCCAGCUUUGGAGUUUAAAAAAAUCUGUAUUGCAUGACCAGCAAGAAGAGCCACAUUUGGGCUACGCGAGGAGGGCAUUUGUCAUGCGGAAAUGGCAUCAGGAAGCUUUCCAAAAAUCUGUGAUGCUGGGUCAUGCAUUACAAGCAUCAUGGGUCAUGCCAGACAAGCAUGACAACCCUUCCGUUCUUCCAGACCCAGACAUUUUUACAUUUGAUAGCUCCCGCUUUUCCUAUACGGGGUGAUUCUGUUUGGCGUCAACAUGUAUCAACUGUAAAAGUGUCUGGGUCUGGAAGGUUGAAACUUGUGAUGCUAACUUUGGACUCUAAAAAAUUCUGUAUUGCAUGACCAGCAAGAGGAGUCCGGUUUGUGCUACGCGUGGAGGGCAUUUGUCAUGCGAAAUAGGCAUCAGGAAGGCCUCUGAAAAUCUGUGAUGCUAAGGCUUCCAUGACAGACAUUCUGUGUCAUGCAAAAACAGCAUAACAAAUUUCGGGUUCUUCCAGACCCAGACAUUUUUACAUUUGAUAACAUGCAACGAUCCGCGGUUCAGAGUCAUGGUACUGAUGUGAACGUCCGCGGUAAACCGAUGAAUUAUGGGACUCUCAAAUGUUACAUUCUCAACUGGAACUGUUACAUGAUUUGUCAUGCAAAAUUGCCAUCAGUAUCUGUGUGAUAAAGCUGCAUCGCAUGACAAAUCCAAAUUCUCCCAGCGCCAAAGAGGCGAAGAAACUGCGCCAGAUCUGUCAUGCAAGACGCGCAGGCCCCCCCUUUCACUUUUGCCAUUCUUGCAUCACAAAUUUAUGUUGUAACAGUUGAGAGUGUAACAGUUGAGAACGCCAUAUGAAUACGGGCUUUCUUGCAGCGUCUUCCCCGACGGAACGGAAGUUCCUCGCUCCGACGAAAAGUACCGCUACCACCAUUGAGAAGAAAAAGGGGUAUGUGGUUCUUGAGGACCACUGGCGGACGACGGGCAAGGGUGAAGCGGCAAGAGCUGUUGCACAUGAUGAUCACCACGUCGUGUUGCCACGGCAAAAGGAACAAAAGCCCGUCUCGUCCGACGGAAAAAGCGCCCCUGGAGGUGCUGGUCAUCAUGCUGGUCCUGAUCAUGGCACCGGACGCGGAGCCGAGGAAGAUGAUUCCGAGUCAGAAGACGUGGCGAAAGAGGACCAUGCUUCAUCGAAACAUUCCGACCAUGAUGAUGAAAGGGACGAUCAUGUUGUUGUCCACCCUCCACGUCCUUCUGCAUCGAAGAUGAAAACCACGAAAACGACACCCACGAUCUCGCAAAUUCCCGGACCGGCACCAGGUUCAGGACCUGCUCCAGCUGCUUCUGCUGCUGUGGAAAUCGCGGCCUUGUCUGAGGAUGGUGGACAGCAAGACGAAGAUCGCGGGAACUCGAACUCGCCGCAGCCCUCGCCUGGCGAGAAUGAGAUGAAAGCCGCUUCGACGUUUUUGGAGGAGGAGGAAGGGAGUGAUGAAAGUGAAAGUGUAAGUGAAGCCAGUACUGCUGUCGAUGAUGGUGCGGGAGACGAAGACCUGAUCUAUCCAGGAAAAAACACCCAUCCCCAUCCAAUUUGUCAUGCAAAACAUGCAUAAAAUCCGCCAUUUGUUAUGCAUGCAAUGGAUGGGGAUGGUUGUUUUUUCCUGGAUAUGAUCAUGGAUGAUUACACGACCGGCAAAAUGAAUUCCAAGUCCUCCGCAGCUCCGGUUGAAACCGAGGAAUUUGAAGAUGAAAAUCAAAAUGACCAGCCCGUGGGCGGUGAAAUGCAAAUGCAAGACAAGCAUGGUGCUGUCUCUCGGUCUUCGUCUUCGGACGUUGCUUUCACGAUGGAUUUUCUGGAAGUUGGACAGGGGACUGCUGCUGUUCCACCGCGACCAGUACAAGCAGGAGUUCCAUCUCGUUUCGUCGUGCCGGGUUCACCGCCAGUGUACCCGGCAGUCACUGCGCAUGUCCCGCCAGGAGAAACACCACCGGGGCAGGAGCCGUCACUACAUCAUCAUACGCCGCCACCUUCUGCUCCUUCUGAGAAGGAGCAGAAGUCCCGCCUGAAAGUCAAAGUCACGGAGAAAGACCUCCAACAACACGCUCCGUUGCAAGUCGUGUACUACUGCAAAUACCGAGACGGGGAAACCGACACCAUUGCGGACCGUGCUGCACGCCCGAAAAAUGCGGAAGCGCCACAAGCCGAAACCGUGGAGGACUAUUUGAACAAAGGCAGGUCGGCGAUGAGCCCGCGCGCGUCGAAGGAGGAAUGUAUGAGAAAGUGCACGGGCUACCUAAAAUGCGGCGUCUUUGCGUCGGUACCCUUACCGCAGCCCGACGACUCCGGGAGCACGGUGAUGUGCUUUUUCGGGGACAAAACCCACGCGAACACACUCGACGCGGACGCUGCAGGGUGGGAAAUUUCCUGUGUGGCGGCCUCCGGUACUGGAGAGGGCAGCGGCCUGACCGAGGCGAAUUUGAGGAGUCUGGCUGGUGAAGGGGGCGACAGCUCCAGGACCUCGGGGAGGAAUGCGAUGUCUGAUGCUGAUCGUUAUCCCGUGCAAAAACGCUAUGACAUUGCCUGGCUUGCUCUUUUUUGUCAACUUGCGAAGGAGAAUGGGUCUUCGUACUACAAAAGCAAAACGGCAGCCUUCUACAAAUAAACCUGCUGUACAUUUUGUCUCUACUUUAUUUUUUGCCGCGAGCUGCGCUACGGCCACAAAUGCGAAUCAAAAGACAAUUUGUAUUUCAUAGAUACCUCGUCCAAUUUUGUAUAGUGAUGGCCUCCUCCUGUAUUGCGGACGCGAGUUGGAAUUAAAGAUGCUGAUAACUCUGACAUAAGUGUUUUUGCCUUGCAUAGAGCUUCCACGGUGGCUUCAGAGCAGGAUCUUGAAGGUGAUGAUGAUCUUGAUGCCCUCGACGAAGCAGAUGAGUAUGAAGAGGAUGCAGGAGCGCAUGCUCCUCUCGUUAAGACUCCUGAAGAAAAUCAAACGGAUGCGCAGCACACCAGCUCCGCUGUGGCCGGAGCCGUUGAGCGGCACGACACCUGCCGCGGCUCGCACUGGUGGUCCCGAUCGCACUGCGAGUGCUUGAUGUACGACGCUGGAGAUUCCCAAGGCUUCGUUCCGGUGAAUGUCGCAGAAGGAAACAAGCACGGCCGCGAAACUACCAUGUGUGACCGGGACGCGAAAAUCGGGUCCGUUUGUGGCACAGGAAUGAAGAGGAACAAAGAGGCUGGCGAGGGGAGGUGUGUCUUCAAAUGUGCUUCGCGGCAUUGCAAGUGCAUCAAACACGGCGACCACACUGAAUACAAAGACGGGAAUGCGAAUUGCAAAAACUUAUGGACCGCAAUUCAAAAGCGCACGGUCGCGUACUGGAACAUCAAUCGGACUCGGACAGCUAGUGAAGAAUUGGUGCAUGAUGAGGAUGGCCAAGUUUUCGUAUUCGAGUUUCCAAAAGCUUAAGCUUUGGCUUAGUAUUUGAGGACCAAAAUAACAAAGCCACGACGAAUCGGAUUCAUCGUGGCGCAGGCACUGCACGUCAAUUCACAGAAGAUGCUGAACUACUUACCAUGUGAACUGGUGCUUAUCUUCAUGUCAUUAACAUUGUGAUGCUUGUUACGUGAGCUUCAUCUUGAAUUUUUUACAUGUGAGAAGUACGCGAUCUGCUUUUGCCCAGGAUGCAAGAAAUGGGACGGUAGGUAUUGUGGUUCCAAAGGAGUUGACGCGACCUGUCGUGCCAAGCCGCCACUCGGGGGCAACGAAAUUUGCGUCAAGAUGCUAUGCAGUGCAACUAGGUCUCGGUCGGACGAGGGGUGGAAGAACUUAAGUGAGUAUAUUACUUGUCUGCAACUUCUCGAAAAUCUGUGUUGCAUAACCGACAAGAAGAGUGCAGCUUCGUUUGUCAUGCACAAAUGAGUUUCGCAAUUUGCUUUUCCUUUUGCAGUACGCAAUGUGCAUCAGUACGAGAGACGGCCCUCUUCUUGAAUGAAGCUUGUCAUGCUUGUCUGGUUGUAAUUCAAAUCUCUGCAACAUCACGAGUUCUUUCCAGACCCAGACGUAUUUGCAGUGGAUAGGCCCUCAAUGCUGUCGAUUCAGUCAACCCAUUCGCCGCGAUCCCUCCUCCGAAUUUGAAUGUCUAUCCGCCAGAAAAGCACAGCCAUACCUGAAAAAGAAACGAAUUUGCGUUGCGGGGGGUUUUAGCUAAUGCUCAGCAUGACAAACUGAAACUUUUUUGGUUGUAUGUAGUUCUAGAAGUAGUCCUAGACCUCAUGACCCAGGAAGACUACGACUCGGUUCUGCAUGACAGAAAAUAAAUUUCUCUGUCUCUAGUGGUGUGGUCUGGUCUCCGCUUUCGCAGAGUGGCGCCAAGAAUUUGCUAGCACCGCAACUUCAUUUCCUUCCUGGUAUAAGUAUGGCUGUAUUUUUUUGUCGGAUAAUCCUCUCGACCCAGUCAAGCGUUCUGUGCAAGGCGCUGUGGUGGGACAGGAAAUGGGCCAGGAUGCGCAGGAUGAGUUUCUGCAGUUGGCUGCCCUGGUAUGCAAUGCAAGUACACAACACGACACUUCUCCCCCGUAGUUCCCGAGAUUGUAUUGCAGACGAAGCACCAUCGAGAGAAAAAAAAUGGCUCUCCUCAGCAGGAUUGGGUGACGAGAUUUACAACAACAAGGCAUAUUAGGUCAUCAAGACGGUAGUAGCCAAUUUCGAUUCGCUCUGAGUACCAGCUGCUUCGUGUUUACGUACAGAAGCGGCACCCACAGCGAAGCAAUUCCAUUCAUGUGUAUGAAGACAUCAAACUCACAGUGGUCAUCUUCUACGCGGUGGUGUAGUACUCAGUUGCAUUGCAUACCCGGAUUCCACCCAAUUGGUUAAAAUCGCGGGGCAAAAGAGCGGACAAGAACUGUACUUCGACGACGCACUAAACCGGGUGCAGCACGCCGUAAACAUUGGGUAUCUGCAGCGGUUGCAGAACUACCUCUACGUGCCUCUUCGCGGAUGGAUCAUUGCCGAGGGAUUCUUACCGCCCAAACUGGUGCAAGUUCUCAACCUGGCAGUUGAGGGUGCCAUGACGUACAUCGCCGUGGUGGCCUACGGCAGUGUGUAUCCAAUGCAAAAGUUGUAUGACGCUCGUACUUCUAAAUCUAGUACAAUAUCGUGAUGACGCAUGACAGAUUUUCCUUCUAUAGCUGAUUCUGCAUGACAAACUCCAUUCUCCCUUCUCACGAUGAAAUUUGUGGUGCAAAACGUUGCGUACGAGCGCGAUUAAGGAUGUUUUUGCAAUGCAUACCCUGCCUGCCAUCGCGAUUCCCCUGGCCAUUUUUCGCGCUGCCGAGUUCUAUUGCUCGAGCCAGGAGGAGGAAAAAGCGAGCACGGAGGAGGGAGAAGACGCUGCAGUCAAGAAGAGCGGCGGAUUGAGCCGGAAGUCGUUCUGUAAACUGCUCAACACAGCCAAAAACAAGUUUCCGGGGACCACCCACGCAGUGUACGGCGUCAUGAACGCGCUCAACUUUCUCCUAAGCAUUGCAAAAGUAGCGUACUUCUAGUGGGAAUUGCAUUACAAAUUUUAUUAUCAGAGCCAAAAAUUGAAUUUGUACAUGCUGAUUCAGCUAGUAAAGUAGAUUUGUCAUCAUGCGGAUGCGAGGCUGCAAUUACUACGACUGCGAUAGUACUUUUGCAGUGCAUAUCUCCUUACCGGCAGCAACCUCGUGGGCGCGGCCAAGGAAUUUUUUCACUUUGCGCACGAAACUUUUCUCAACUGGGAAACGUAUGGAAGUGUCAGAAUCGAAAUUGACAAAAUCGAAAAAUUUGCAAUGCGUAAAAUGUAGGGCACGCGUGGCCUGUGUUGGGGAGCAGGCAAAUGUGACCGAUUGCAGGCCUGUUUAGGGGAAGGUAAUGCGCUGCCAGAGUAGCAUGACAGAAGCAGUGUUCUUUGCCCAAACAGCAUGACAGACUGGAUUUUGGUUGCCCAGAAACUUGUCAUGCGCCACUUGGAAACUGAGGCUCGAACUGGUUUCGACUUUAUGCAUCACAAAUUAUUUCGAUUUUGCUGAUUUCGAUCCUGACGCUUCCAUAAAACGGUGAGAAACGUUAUCGGGGAUGAGCGGGCGAUAUCAAAUGCACAUAUGUCUGGGUCUGGAAGCAUGAAGCCUGUCAUGCGAAAUCUGGAGCACAAAAAAAUCUGUGUUGCAUGAACGCCAAUAUUAGAAACCCAAUUCUCACUAGGCAGAAGGCGCAUUUCUCAUGCGGAAUAGGCAUGAGGAAGGUCUCAAAAAAUCUGUACUGCUUCUGCGUGCAUUACAGACCAUGACGAGUGUGGUCCGCGAGAUGCAUGACAAAUCUUGCAAUUUUUCACCCCCAGACAUCUUUGCAUUCGAUAGGCGAAACAAGCGGAAGCCGUGCUGGCUGCCGCGGCCGCUGCGAAAAGCGUUGCGUACUUGGAGGUGAAGCUCCUGCGCGCGUGCGGCUACGAGGUAUUUCGAUCGGGGGCGAAAAAGCUCGCUGGCGCACUGGCGGAGGAGUUUUCCUGGGGGGACUGUCUCGAGCUAUCCACUGAUGAAUUUGUAUAUUUCACCUCACGUCCCCCUCCGCCCGCGAUCCGUCUCUGUCAUUUGUAACGAACACACGGAGGACGAGAAAAACUGGUGCUCACCAGCAUGAUCUGAAAACGAAAUUUGAUAGACUAGACCUAGACCGUGCCGAGUUCCCAUUUUCUUCCUUCAGAGGUUGAUAUUAGGUGAGCAACAUCUAUGCAUGAUGUGCAUGUGCAUCUUCUAGUACAAUAUUACGUUUACAGUACCGAGCCAUUUGCUGUUUCUCGUGGGCGCUGUCAUUCUCGACGGAUGUGAUAAUAUUUACACAGCAUAACUGCGUUCCACCAAGGAAAUCAUCGACCCCGAAACUGGCGCGCUUGUCGACGCCAAGGGGCUACGUGCUCGUUUGAAGGGGCGGGGGAAGGAAAUCCGCGAGAAAUUCAAAGGGGGUUGCAAGCUGCUCGGCCACGGCAUUCACAAGCUAUUUCACUGGAAGAGCCACGACGAAGAAGCGGCGGGCGCAGCAGCGGCGGAGGAAGUGGACGAGGGGCCGAAUUUCGACAUUCUGCAGCGCAAUGCAAAGGAAUCCAUCAAACCGGCCUCAUAAUAGCGGCAGCGCCAGCGGAAGGAAGAUGGAGGAAUCAUCUGAGGCUUGUUGACUGAAGUUGCCCGACAAGAACGAGAUGACCUUGAGGCAUCGUUUAAUUAUUUUUGUCACUUCUACAUCUACUACAGAAGCGAACUUCUCACAGUUUUUCUACUUGCAAAAAAUUUUGUUUUAUUUAGUUUCCGAGUUUCAAAAAUUAAAAUGUAAAUGUUCCACUUUUUCUACGCAGUCUCCGAUCGCAUACCAGCCAAGUAAAUCCUUCUCACACACAAAAGAACUACACAUCACGCCAACUUCGUGAAUUUGAACAAUUUUCUGAAUUUCCCCGUACGAUGAACAUCGAGAGACAAACAUUAACAUACAAAAAGAGUCUACAAAUUAAGAGUUUAGGUAGGGUAGUAUUUGCGUUUUCAGAUUAUGUACAUACUUAUGAGCAGUACUAGACAAUAGAAUUAAAUCGAAUUUCAAUGAUCGCAUGACACAGUGACUGGGGCUGCAGUGCGACGUGUGUAUCUUUUCCAGCUCCCAUCUUUGUACUUUUUGUUUUACAUACAGACCAUAAGAUAGUACAAGUACAACAGUCCUGAGCUACCAUGUCUUCAUCCUUUUCUACCGUGAAGAAAAAAAGAGUAACAACUGCAUCAAUCAAACUACAAGGUGUGCAUGAUUGUACUUAUUUACCAAACGGCAGCGGAAGUGUAGAAUUCAUUGUGCGGGCACACUGUCCACGGACUCGGUCGCUCUCGCUCGAAAACACAAGCACAGCUGACGGGUG